AUGUUGGAAAGGUUACAGCUUAGGCAAUCUGGGACAUCAACCAACUUAACAGAGCGGUUAUGGCCUUUCCUGGUAGUUGCAUCUCAAACAUUCGGGCUACUAGCGUUUAUUCUAUUAACGAUAUGGGUAACCAAAUUCCUUGGUGGGAUGUUAUGGGAUGGAGGUGCAAAAGAAUUUAACGUUCAUCCAUAUUGUAUGGUUAUUAGUAUGAUUCUCUUGAACGGCGAAGCCAUAAGCUUUUUCCGAAUUUUCCGCCACAGCUCCAAAAAUACAGUAAAAUUAGCCCAUGCAUCAAUUCAACUUGUCGCUUUCACGCUUGCCACUGUUGGAUUAUCUGCUGUUUUUCAAUUUCACGACAAUAAGGGCUACCCUAACGCUUACAGUAUGCAUAGUUGGUGCGGUUUAUUAACAGUGUCCUUGUUUGGUCUUCAGUACGUUUUUGGACUAGUAUUUUUUGUCUUGCGUUUCUUUCAUGAGAACCUUAGACAAGAUUACCUCAAGUUGCACCAGUUUUUUGGUAAAAUAAUAUUUGCAAUGGCGAUUGCAACCUCACUUAUCGGAAUUGAUGAAGAAUUAACAUUUGCAGGGAAAUAUGGUCAAUUACCACCUGUGGCUAGUCUUGGCAAUGUUCUUGGCUUGGUACUCAUUAUUUUCGGCAUUAUUGUAGCCUAUAUUAUAACUCAUACCGAAUUUGAACGACCACCAAGUGACGAUGAGUUUAAAGCCAUAUCUGAAACGGAAAAUGAUUAG